AUGUUUAAAUACCUUCUACUUAUCUUGUCGUUCGCCGUUGUUCUGACGAUGAGCUAUAAUCACCAUAACAGACAACCAUCAUAUCAUGGUGGUCACGGUGGUGGACCACCUGGUGGUCAUCAUGGUAGCUUUGGUGGUCCAGCCGGUAGUCAUCACGGAAAUUUGAAAGGUCAUCAUUCUGGCUCAAGUGAUCAUCAUGGUGGAUUUGGUGAUCAUCGUGGUGGUUUCGGUGAUCAUCAUGCUGGUCAUCAUGGAGGUUUUAGUGUUCAUGAAUCACAUGGUCGUCACCAUAGACGUUAUUAG